GCAAGGAGACAAGCAGUCUCGGAUGAAAUUCGAGCCACUUUAGUUGACCAUGUCCUUGUCCAUGGUAUGACUAUGAGGGAGGCUGGGCAACGAGUACAGCCAAAUUUGAGUCGCUUCACCGUCACCUCCAUCAUCAGAGCCUUCAGGGAGGAAAACAGGACACAGAGACGACCACCUGGUGGAGGCAUGCUAAGGCUUUUGUCGGAGGAGCAAGAGAGGGAGCUUGUAAACAUGGUCAUUGCCAAUAAUGUAAUCCGCCUGCGAGAGAUUCAAAGGAGAGUGAUUGAGGAUAAUCAUCAUUUUAGAGGGAUAAAUGCCAUCAGUCUCUCCACAAUUGAUCGUAUCCUCCGAAAGCACCGGUUCCGGAUGAAACAGGCGUACCGCGUUCCAUUCAAACGAAACUCUGACAGAGUGAAAGACCAACGAGUGGAAUAUGUUCAGAUAAUCUUUGAGAUUGAAGGCCGGCCUGUUCCCCAUGAAAUUAUCUUUGUGGAUGAGGCUGGUUUCAACCUGACCAAAAGAAGGAGAAGGGGAAGGAACAUAAUUGGCCAUCGGGCUAUCGUAGAUGUCCCUGGUCAGCGCGGAGGGAAUGUUACUAUGUGUGCAGCUAUCAGCCAACGAGGGUGCCUCUGCGCUGGCGCGGUAAGCGUCAGCCCUCCUCGUGUGAAGACCGAAGAGUGUAAAGACCUGCGACUCUACCUGCGCGACUCCACCAAGCAAUGA